CGCUGCCGUCCGGGCGGGUUCCUCAGCGGACCUCCGCUGCUGCUGGGCACCAUGAGCGGCCGGCAGAGAACGCUUUUCCAGACGUGGGGCCCGAGCCUCGUGCGGGGCGCCGGCUCCCCGGGCUGCGGCCAGCCGCGCUCGCCCGCGAUGGCGGAGUCGCUGCCGGAGGAGGACGACGAGGUGCUGCUGGUGGCGGCGUACGAGGCUGAGCGGCAGCUGGAUCCCGGGGAUGGCGGCUUCUGCGCGGCUGCGGGAGCCCUGUGGAUCUACCCCACCAAUUGCCCGGUGCGCGACUACCAGCUGGACAUCUCCCGGAGCGCGCUGUUCUGCAACACCCUGGUGUGCCUGCCCACCGGGCUGGGCAAGACCUUUAUUGCCGCCGUGGUCAUGUAUAAUUUCUACCGCUGGUUCCCUUCUGGCAAGGUGGUUUUCAUGGCACCCACUAAGCCCCUGGUGACACAGCAGAUGGAAGCCUGCUUCCACGUGAUGGGUAUUCCACAGUCUCACAUGGCUGAAAUGACAGGUUCAACUCAAGCUGUCCACAGGAAGGAGAUAUGGUCCAGCAGGAGGGUUCUUUUCCUGACACCUCAGGUCAUGGUAAAUGACCUUACUAGAGGGGCUGUCCCUGCCACCCAUGUAAAGUGUCUAGUGGUGGAUGAAGCUCAUAAGGCUCUUGGGAACUAUGCUUACUGCCAGGCUGUACAACAGGUGAUUACUAACCUACUAAUUGGGAAGAUAGAGCUUCGUUCGGAAGAGUCUCCCGAUAUUUUGCCUUACUCUCAUGAAAGAAGAGUUGAGAAGCUUGUUGUUCCCCUUGGGGAAGAACUAGGAGCCAUUCAAAAGGCGUAUAUCCAGAUUUUGGAAACAUUUGCCAGUUCUUUGAUUCAUAGAAAUGUUUUGAUGAAAAGAGACAUUCCCAGUCUAACAAAAUACCAAAUAAUUCUGGCAAGAGAUCAAUUUAGGAAAAACCCAUCCCCAAAUAUUGUGGGAAUUCAGCAAGGCAUAAUUGAAGGGGAGUUUGCCAUCUGCAUAAGUUUAUAUCAUGGCUAUGAGUUACUGCAGCAAAUGGGAAUGCGGUCAUUAUAUUUCUUUCUUUCUGGAAUCAUGGAUGGAACUAAAGGAAUGACACGGGCAAAAAAUGAGCUCAGCCGAAAUGAGGACUUCAUGAAGCUGUACACUCACCUGCAGAGUGCAUUUGCUCACGCGCGGGGUCCCGCAGCAGCCAGUGCCAACGAUGCUUCGGCUGUCCAGAGAGGAAAUAAAGAGAAAAAGUUUGUCUAUAGUCAUCCAAAGUUAAAGAAACUGGAAGAAGUUAUACUUGAACACUUCAAGUCAUGGAAUGCUAAAAACUCCACUGAGAAGAAAUGCCAUGAGAGCAGAGUUAUGAUCUUCUCUUCAUUCCGAGAUAGCGUUGAGGAGAUUGCAGAAAUGCUUUCACAGCACCAGCCAGUUAUUAGAGUGAUGACCUUUGUUGGCCAUGCUUCAGGGAAAAACACCAAAGGUUUUACCCAGCGGGAACAACUGCAGGUGGUGAGACAGUUCCGAGACGGUGGCUAUAACACGCUGGUUUCCACCUGUGUUGGAGAAGAAGGUUUGGAUAUAGGGGAAGUGGAUCUUAUAAUAUGCUUUGAUGCCCAGAAGAGUCCAAUCCGCCUCAUCCAGCGCAUGGGUAGAACUGGCCGCAAACGGCAAGGCAGGAUUGUCGUUAUCCUCGCUGAAGGACGGGAAGAGCGUACAUAUAAUCAGAGUCAGUCCAACAAAAAAAAUAUUUAUAAAGCCAUUUCAGGUAACAGACAAAUGCUGCAUUUAUACCAAGGAAGUCCACGAAUGGUUCCUGAUAAAAUCAAUCCUGAAUUACACAAAAUGUUCAUCACACACGGUGUCUAUGAACCAGAGAAGGCUCGGAGUAUACAUCGAAGGUCAUUUUCCUCAAGGGGUGGAAUAAAAGCUAGUAAUUCGAAUGAAGACAGGCUGUUAUCAGAAGAGGAAUUUAACCUAUGGAACAGAUUCUAUAGGUUAGGAGACAGUGACAAGGUUAAAGGAGUGGCAUUGCCUCAGUCUCACUUCCCAUCUUUACAGGAGGACAGAGCGACUCAAGACCCAACUACUGGAAUUCACCAACUCUCUCUCUCUGAAUGGAGUGUCUGGCAAGAUCAUCCGCUUCCUACAUAUCAAGUUGGCCAUUCGGAUCGUUGCCACCAUUUUAUAAGCAUUAUGCAAAUAAUAGAAGGAAUGAGACACGAAGAGGAUGAAUGCAGCUAUGAGUUGAAAAUUAGACCUUUUCUACAAAUGGAAGAUGUCUGCUCAAAAUAUCACACUCCUAGGAAUGGAUAUAAUAAUGUAGCCAGUGUCGCCAGUAGAGCUCACAAGAAGUCUUCGUGUAGACCGAGUGUAGAUGCAGGAGGCUCCGUGUCAGUGAUAGAGCCUGAGGAAGAGCGUGCUGACACUGUUAAACAAAGGGAUUCUAAAUGGACCAAAAUGACUUCUCUAAGGGAAAAAGCUUGUAGAGCAGUGAGAACAGGCCAGAUUUGUGAGCAAAGUGAUGGGGAUGAGGAUGAGGACGAGGAUGAUUCAGAUUCUUCAGACACUAAUAGACAUUCCCCUGACGAAGCUGUUUCCCAGGUAGGCCCACCCAGUGGUGAAAGGAUGGCAGAUGUUGGUGGCAUCUCCAUCCUGGGUGCUGUCACUGAAGAUGAUAACCAUUCAGGAACAUCACAAAUGGAGUGUCAGGUCACAAAUAAAUCACAUGCCAGGUACUCAUUAGAUUCUGGUUAUAGUAGUUUCAGUGAUGAGAAAUCUAUAUCAUCAAAUUUGUUUCUUCCAUUGGAAGAAGAGCUGUACACCGAUAGAGCUGCUGAGCAGUUUUAUAAUUGUCAGCCCAUGACAGAAGACGUAAUAGCUAAUGUGGAGAAAUUUUUAUCCCAUUCUCCCCCAUCUCUCAGUGGACUCUCAGACUUGGAGUAUGAUGUUACUCAGGGUUUUGAACUUGACAAUAUGUCCUGCUCACCCCACCCAGAGCAUGAACACAGCCCUAGACCUAUGUCUCCGGCAUCACACUCCGCUGGGAAUUCUCAACAAAACUUAGAAUUGAAUUCAGCAAAAUGUAUUAGUCAUCCUGCUGAAAAAUAUUGUCUCCCUGGCACAACUCAUAAUAAGGUUUCCGAUCAGUCCUCUUUCUGUGACUCUGAUAGUAAAGGCCAUAAUAUUAAAUAUCAAAAUUCAGUAUCUAACAGUUGUGCUCAAAUACAAGUAAACCUUGAAAAUAAUUUCGUUGGUAAGAACAGCCAUGAUGAUAGUGAACCCCCAGUCUUGUUCACGGAUGAAGAUGAGAGCUUACUGUUAUUUGAAGAUGAUUUGAAGAAUAUUGAAGAUGGUACUGAAGAGUUAAAUGGGGCGGCCCUUCCUCCCUUCGACGGUAUCAGUCGGCCCCUCUGUGUGUCAGGUAAAACUCUCACAAGUGAAAUGCCUCCAGUCUCUCACUUCUUAAUUUCUGACGAACUGUUGUUAGAUGAUGAUUCUGAACCUGAAGACCAAAUCAUCCAUGAUGCCAAGAGUUGGAAAUGUCAUGAAGAUGUGGAGGAUGGACAAGAAGAGCUGAAGACCAACAGACAGACUUUUGAUUGCUCUGCAGACUUAUUUUCUGUUACCUUUGACUUAGGAUUUUGUAGUUCAGGUUCAGAUGAUGAAAUCCCAGCAGGUACUCGAUUCCUGGGAGCAGCUGAUGUGUCUGGAAGGCAUUCUGAUAAGGAGAUAAAGGAUGCCAGUGGAGCUUCAGGUCCACUGGGUGGAGCCAUAUCACCAAUUCCAACUGAAGAAGCGCAGUGGUCCCCUUGGGCACAGAAUAAGGAAUGUACUUCUUUCCACUUUGCCCCAUCCUCGCCAGUGAAGCAGAGAGUCAUGAGUACACCGCUUUCUAAGUCACACACGAGUUCCAAGACAGGAGCACACAUGUUCAAGACACUAGACUCUACCAAGGAGAAAGCAGGUGGACAGGGUUUUAAAAUGGCAUUGAACCCAAGACUGGACAAUCUAGGAUUUUCUGUAGAAGAGACGAAGAGCAGUGAUCGGCUCUUUGUGCAUCAGUCCCCUCGGCCCAUUGAAGUUGAACACUUAACUAGUGAAAGCGAAGAUGAUGUUUUCCUGAGAAAAACUAAAAAACCAAAAGGAAAUGUCCUAAAGUCCCCCGAGGAUCAGAAAAACAACAAAGUUGAUUCACCCAUCCAUGUUGUAAAAAAGCCCAGAGUUCUCAGUUCAGAAUUAGCAUCUAGCGAUGAUGAGAGUGAGAAUUUUGGCAGAACAUGUCCAAGAUUGGAACACUUCAAGGGUCGUAACUGGAAUACCAGGAAAGGCUCCAAAGCCCAAAAGAAACGGAUUCAAGUCAAGACUAUGGCUCGGAGGUUUUUAGACGACGAAGCAGAGGUUUCUGGAGAGGAUGCGGGCUGUGUCUCAGCAGAUGAGGAUGAUGAAUCUGAGAACGAGCAGGAUUCCUCACUGCUCGACUUUGUCAAUGACCAGACCCAGCUUUCACAGGCUAUAAAUGAUUCUGAAAUGAGAGCUAUUUACAUGAAAUCUGUACGUAGUCCAUUGAUGAGCACUAAGUACAGAAUGGUCCGUGAGAAGCAUACCAACAUGAACAUUUUCUCACAGAUUCCUGAGCAAGAUGAAAACUAUUUAGAGGACAGUUUUUGUGUUGAUGAAGAAGAGUCUUUCAAAAGCCAAUCAAGUGAAGAAGAAAUUUGUGUUGAUUUUAACUUAACUAAAGAUUCCUUUACAGAUGAGGACAUGGGACAUAAAACUCGAUAUGCAGUAAAGCUCAAACAAAUGAACAAGAAACAAAACUACACACGGCCAAGAAAGAAAUUGUCUAGAAUUAUCUUACCCGACGAUGACUCAAGUGAGGAAGAAAACAUCACGGAGGACAGAGAACACUCCGGUGCUGGUGGCCACGCUGCUGCUGAGCACACACAGCAGGGCCAGCUGUGGGUUUCAGGGCCAUCCGGGUCCUCAGUGCCUCCCAAGGUCCUUUCUGAUCCAGCAGGGAAUCAGUCAUCCAGGCAGAGACCACAGGUGCUACCCAAUAUAAUAGAUGCCAAUCCUGGAGCCUUGAGCAUGAAGGCUCAGAGCCAUAAUAAAAUCAAAGCUGCUUCACCACCAUGUAUUGCUGUUGAGUCAAGAAAGGAGUGUGGGGACCGUCCAGUUCAGAUGAAGGCUGAUGGUCAGGAGCACAGUGACGACACCUCAGCAGCGCCCUGUUCUCCUGCACUGCUACAUGUGACUGAGGGACAUCCAGCCCCUAGACACCUGCAAGAAGGAAACAGGGCUUGCAUUCUUGUAGACAGUCGUGAAAUCACUAUGGGUUUGGAAGUAAUCUCUUCGCUAAGAGCAGUUCAUGGGUUACAAGUAGAGAUUUGUCCUCUUAAUGGCUGUGACUACAUCGUAAGCAGCCGAAUGGUAGUAGUAAGGAAGUCUCAGUCUGAAAUGUUAAGUAAUACCAGCAAGAACAAGUUCAUCGAGCAGAUCCAGCGCCUGCAGAACAUGUUUCAAAGGAUAUGUGUGAUUGUGGAAAAAGACAGAGAAAAAGCAGGAGACAUAUCAAAAAAAUUCAGAAGAACGAAAUGCUAUGACAGUUUGCUGACUGCCUUAGUUGGCGCUGGAAUCCGAAUCCUUUUCAGCUCUGGACAAGAAGAAACUGCAGAUUUACUAAAGGAGCUAUCGUUGGUGGAACAAAGAAAGAAUUUUGGUAUUCAUAUUCCAGCAGUGCUAAACUCUAGUAAACGUGAAGCACUUCCAUUCUAUUUAAGUAUUCCUGGUAUAAGUUAUAUAACUGCCUUAAAUAUGUGUCACCAGUUUUCAUCUGUGAAAAAGAUGGCUAACAGCUCCCCUGAAGAAAUCUCCACAUGUGCGCAAGUAACUCAUCAAAAGGCUGAAGAGAUCUAUAAAUACAUUCACUAUAUAUUUGACAUGCAAAUGUUACCAAAUGAUCUUAAUCAGGAGAGACAGAAAUCUGAUACAUGCUUAACACUUGGAGUCGCUAUGAAAGAACUCUCAUAAUGCUAAUGUACUUCAAUAAUCAUUGUAGUUUGAGAUGACCAGUUUAAAAUAUGUAAAUAUUUCAUCUCUUAAUGAUCUUUAUAUUGUAUAUACCUUUUUAUUUAUACACUAUAUAAUUUAUUUUUAAAAGGAAAUCUUUGAUGUCCCAUAAUCAUUUUGAUUAGAUUGUGAAACAAAUUUUUAUUGAAUAAAUCAAGGUUAUGUGAAGUGUUUGGUUCAGAGCAGUUUAAGCAACUAAGUAAGCCAAAGGGCUGGGAGAUGUUCAGCUGCCUAAAUAUUGGCUGCACAAGCCUGACAACCUCAGUUCAUCGCUGUGCUGGCUGGUCUUAUGUCAACUUAAAGUAGUUAUUGAUGGGAGUAGACCCACCCCAUUGUUGGUGCUAUCCCUGGGCUGCUGGUCCAGGGGUCUAUAAGAAAGCAAGGUGAGCAAGUCAUGUGAAGCAGGCCAAUAAGCAGUAUCCCUCCAUGGCCUCUGCAUCAGCUCCUGCCUCUAAGUGCAAGCAUUGCUCGAAUU